AUGGACCGUCAAGCUAUUGACGUUAAAAGAGCGCUGCUUGGGAGGCAACCCAAGGUUCAAGAAGACAAUAAAGGAGUUGGAUAUGCAACAAGACUACUUUCCAUGUACAAAAAAAACCCAAGUGCUCUUUCAGAUUCACCACCAUCAGGACCAAAUUCAGGUUAUAUUGUGUUAUUGGAUGAGGAAGCUCAAUCUUACUCAUGUUUUGGUUUGGCCAAGGACAAUAGAAUCUUGGAUUUUCCUUUCCCUCAGAACAAAAAUUUAAUAAUCAAUUACUCAGUAGGUGAAAACAGCCAUUCAGAAGAAGCUAUGUUUCUUCCUGUAUUGAAUCAACCAUUGUCUUCAAAUCGCUACUAUGUUAUAAGAAUGAAAGGGAAAAAUCAAGGCCAAGUUAAUACAAGUUCAAAGGAAGAGGACAUGACCACAUGUUUAUGUUGUAGUUUUUUCAAUGAUGUUAAACCAAGAUCUUUGGAACCCUUAAAUGAUUAUCAACAGGUUGAAAUAAUCAAGACGGGUUAUGGUUUUCGUGCAAAAUCAGUAGCAUCAGAUGGAAUUCUCUCAGGUAUAUUAAGGGAAAAGGGGUGGACAGUCGACGCUAGCACUCCCCGCAAUUACCAUUUAAGCCAAGCUUUAGGCUCAAAUGAUUCCUUGCGUUCCAAGCAACCAAAUUUUGACUUUCCAUUGUCUAACGAUCGUUCUGAAUCGAUCAUUGUUGGAAAGUGGUAUUGUCCUUUUGUGUUUGUGAAGGAAGGAAUGAAAUUAAAAGAGCAAAUGAAGAUGUCAUUGUUUUAUGAGCUAACACUUGAGCAAAGAUGGGAGAAGAUUUUUUCAAAGGAAAAUGGAAACAAUGGAGAGGUUAAUGUGCUUAUUGAUGUUCUUAUUCCGACCGAAGUUGUUAAGGUUGGAGGAAAGGAUGCUGUUUGUUGGGAUGAAAAUAGAUUGGUUGAUGGAGUUUUGUUGUUUAAGAGUGUUGAUCAAGAUGUUGGAUUGAGUUUGGAAGUUGUUGAAGGAAUGAAAUGGGAACAACAAAGAUUUGGAUGGAUUGCUGGAAAUGGAAGACAAGUGAGGGUAACAAAUGUUGAAGAAUUUGAUGGAACAAAAAAAUGGAAGAAAUUUAGUUGUUAUGUGCUAGUUGAAAGUUUUGUGUUGAGGAGAAUGGAUGGAAGAUUGGUGCUAAGUUAUGAUUUUAGACACUCACAUCAAAUUAGGAGUAAAUGGGAAUGA